AUGACGCCACGGAAAGGACCCACGUUGUGCUCCUGGUUUUGGGGAUCUUCAUGCACCCUGCUUGUGCUGCUACAGGUGGAUGAAGACGAGCCUCUGUUUCUCAGUCUGAUCAGUGACCUGUUUCCUGGGAUUCAGCUGGAUAACAGCACCUACGCUGAGCUGCAGGCUGCAGUCGCCACACAAGUGCAACAAGCAGGAAUCGUUAAUCACCCGCCGUGGAACCUCAAGCUCAUACAGGUGUCCCGGAAUGAAAAGGGCUGGAAGGCGUGGUUCGAUAUGGACGCACCAGAGGACGCAGUGAUUCCCGAUGGUUAUAAUGAUUCACUGGAGAUCUUCCACAAAUUACUGCUUAUCAGAUCCUGGAGUCCAGAUCGCACGCUGUCUCAGGCCAGGAGCUACGUAGGGCACGCAUUGGGCGCGAGGUUCGCCCAGUCUGUUAUUCUCAAUCUGGAGGCAACGUGGGGGGAGAGCGACCCUCGUACCCCUCUGAUCUGCUUCCUCUCCAUGGGCUCGGAUCCAACCAACCAGAUAGAAGCUCUCUCCAAGAAACUCAGACUCGAAUGCAGAGCUAUAUCUAUGGGACAGGGACAGGAAGUGCAUGCGAGGAGGCUGGUGCAGAUGUCCAUCGCACAGGGAGGCUGGGUCCUGCUGCAGAACUGCCACCUGGGUCUGGAGUUCAUGGACGAGCUGCUGGACACCGUGAGCACAGUGGAGAACGUUCAUGAGAGCUUCAGGGUGUGGAUCACCACGGAGCCACACGACCGCUUCUCCAUCACGCUGCUGCAGUCCUCCAUCAAGUUCUCCAACGAUCCUCCUCAGGGAGUGAAAGCCGGACUGAAGCGAACGUUCGUCGGGAUCUCUCAGGAUCAGCUGGACGUCAGCAACCUGCCCAUGUGGAAGCCGCUGCUGUACAGCGUCGCGUUCUUGCACACGGUGGUGCAGGAACGUCGCAAGUUCGGACCCCUGGGCUGGAAUAUUCCGUACGAGUUCAACUCGGCAGACUUCAGCUCCAGUGUGCAGUUCAUCCAGAACCAUUUGGAUGAGUGCAGUCCCAAAAAGGGCGUGUCGUGGGACACCGUGCGCUACAUGCUGGGAGAGGUGCAGUACGGAGGCAGAGUGACGGACGACUACGACAAACGACUUCUGAACUGUUUUGCACGAGUGUGGUUCGGCGACCGGCUGUUCGAGCCCUCGUUCUGCUUCUACACCGACUACAAUGUUCCCGUGUGUAAGACGGUGGAGGAAUACCUGGAGUAUAUUCACACUCUGCCCUACGUCGACACCCCUGAAGUGUUCGGUCUGCAUCCCAACGCUGAUAUCACGUAA